AUGCUGCGUGUCCGCUUGGUUUCGGGACACGAGAUCGCCGCUUUUCCCGUUGAUGAACUGAGAGACUGGGAGGAUCAGUCCGUGAGGGCUUUGAAGCGCCAGCUCUCGAGCCGGUGUGGGCUGCCGAGAUUCAGACAGAGGCUCCUGCUCCAGGAUGGCACCGUUCUACCAGAAAGCACCUCUCUGGAUGGAUCGGUUGAGCUACAACUCGUGCUUCUGGACUUUGCGGAAACUUCCAUCGACCAGGCCUUGGAACUUCAAUCAGCAGCCAGACGCAACAGAAUCCCAAAGGUGGAGGACUUGUUGCAACGGCCGCAAGAUCCAGACCAAACGGAUGGCCAUCGGACUCCUCUAGUGAAUGCAGCCUUCCAUGGAAACACGGAAGUCCUCCGACUCUUGCUGGAAGCCCGUGCAGAUUCCAACAAGGCACGCUACGACGGUUCGACCCCUUUGGUAGUGGCUUGCUCCAUCGGCUCGUCGGAAGGCGUUCGUCUGCUUCUUGAGUCCGGGGCGGAUAAGGACAAAGCCGGCCCAAGCGACGGGACCCCUCUGCUUCUCGCUUGUCAGAACGGCUUCUUGCAGGUCGUGAGUUUGUUGCUCCAGGCAGGAGCCGACAAGGACAAGGCCCGCGACAAUGGCGCCACCCCCUUGUUCAUCGCCUGUCAGCAAGGUCAUCUUGAAGUUGUUCGUAGUCUACUGGAGGCAGAGGCUGAUGUUGACAGGGCCUGCUGCAAUGGUGCAACCCCUCUCUACAUCGCAUGUGAGCAGGGUGGCCUGCAGUUUGCCCAUGCUUCCCACGCCUUGGUGCAGUCUGGUGGAGACGAUGCCUGGUGGUUGGAAAGGUUCCGCCUCUACUCCGAAUAUUACGAGUUCCGCCACCUGGCGGUUGUUCGACUCCUGCUGGAGGCCCGUGCUGACACCGAUAAGGCCGUGCUCCUCGAUGGGGCAGCUCCUCUCUUCAAGGCCUGUCAGGAGGGUCACGCGGAAGUCGUGCGUCUGCUACUGGAGGCUGGUGCAGACAAAGACAAAGCUCGAUACGAUGGAUCCACACCAGUGCUCGCAGCCUGCACCGCGGGCCAUUUAGAAAUUGUUCAGAUACUCGUCGAGGUCAGCGCAGACACCGACAAAGCCAGCGACAGUGGCGACACCCCGCUAUCAGACGGAGCGCAAGUCGGCUCCGACCAGCCCGCAAAGAGGGCGAGGCUUGCUGACAAUUCGGAAUUUGGUGGCGCGGCGAUGAACUUCAGCGGCAUGCGAGCAAUGAUCGCGUUCCGCCGCGCACUGACGGAGCAUCACCAUGCAGCCUACAUGAGCCGAGAGGGACGGCUCUACUACACCAUUGGCAAUCUGGACUACCGCAUAGACACGCCUGAUGCCAUCAUCACCAACGACACCGACCUACUUCUGCAGUUCCUGUUCGAGUUUGUCUUCGGGGGGAUCAUGAAGCCGGAGUCGGGAUCCUUCUGCCAGCUCUUUUUCCUCGUUUUCACAGUGGCCGUGGCCUACUUCGAAGCCGAGGAUGGUGCUCCAGGAUGGGGGUUACCCUCGAUUGGCAUUGCUUUCGCGGUAGUGAUCGUGUCCUUGGUUCCGACUCUUUGCGCAGCCGAUGGUCUCACAAAGGCCCAAACGGAGGUUCAGGCAGCCGAGGCGGCGUUACGCUCGGCCCAUGCCAAAUGCAGCCUUUUUGCAGAGUCUAUUUGUUUCUACGGUGGAGAGGAAAGCGAGAAAGAGCGAAUCGACAAUCUCUACGAUGCCGUCCGAAAGGGCUUCCACAACUUUGCCAAGUACAAGCUAUUGGUGGAUCUUAGCCAACUGGCCUUCUACUUCGGUUUGGCUCCCAUCUCGAUGACGAUGGCGGCCUUCAUCGUGCGGAAAGGCAACUGGACGCAAGACUCCGAGACGACGUUUUAUGUGCUCAACCUCACUUUUCUGCGAAUCAUCCGCUGCUGCUUGGAGAUGGCGAAGAGCGUCGUUGACCUGGCAAAGGCUCAGGCCAUGCUUCAGCGGGUGGUACAGCUCUUAGAGGUCAUGGAUGCCUUCAUCGUCUUCGAGAGUCACCGCAAGGAGCAGGGUGCCUUGAGUCGGGCGGACGGGUUCCUCAUCGACGAGGAGGAGGUUCUCUGCUGCUUGUCCUACUACCGUGUGCAGCAGCUGCAUUGCGGCGCUGUCGUGCCACUUACACACGCCGAUCACGUGGGCUUCGAGCACGUGGACAUCUACACUCCCGAUGGCAUGAG